GAUAAAAAGGGAGCCUAUGUGAAAAUAAAGUGUGAAAUUGUUUUCGGUAAUAUCAUCUUCAGUUUGGUGUACAGUUGAUUGAAAGUUUUCUCGGUAAUACCCAGUGAAAAUCGCUCAAUGCGAAGUCGCGCCGCGUACAUCGAGUAUAUAUGUAUACGAUUUCUUUCCAGCCAAAGGAAGAUUAAAUCGUGCGCGAUCUACUUUAUGACAUCCAAUAUCUGUGUAUAUUACGAGUCGACGAAUGGUUUUCCUCGAGUCUCCUCGUUUGUCGAAAUAUACCACACGCAGAAAGACCAGGUUCAGAAGAAAGCCAGGCUAAAAGAUAUUUUCUCUCCGGAUUUUGCCGUCCGAGGAUGCCGGCCAGGAAAGACCGUCUUAAUGUCAGAGGGCGAGGUCCGCGGCCUUUGCCUCAAGUCACGGGAGAUUUUCCUUCAGCAGCCGAUCCUGCUUGAACUGGAGGCGCCGCUUAAGAUUUGCGGCGAUAUUCACGGCCAGUACACCGACUUGUUACGGCUAUUCGAAUAUGGCGGUUUCCCGCCAGAGGCGAACUACUUGUUUCUCGGCGACUACGUAGACAGGGGCAAACAAUCGUUGGAAACGAUAUGCUUGCUGCUCGCUUACAAGAUCAAGUACCCGGAAAAUUUUUUCUUAUUGAGGGGCAACCACGAGUGCGCCAGCAUAAACAGGAUAUACGGGUUCUACGACGAAUGUAAGAGAAGAUACAACAUCAAACUAUGGAAAACGUUCACCGAUUGCUUCAAUUGUCUACCGAUCGCUGCGAUCAUCGACGAGAAAAUAUUCUGCUGUCAUGGCGGCCUCAGUCCAGAUCUUCAGCAGAAUAUGGAACAAAUCAAAAGAAUAAUGCGUCCGACAGAUGUACCUGAUACUGGCCUUCUCUGUGACUUGUUAUGGUCCGAUCCAGAUAAAGAAGUCCAGGGAUGGGGCGAAAACGAUAGAGGUGUAUCUUUCACAUUUGGACCAGACGUGGUGUCGAAGUUCUUAAAUCGUCAUGAUAUGGACUUAAUAUGUAGAGCACAUCAAGUAGUCGAAGACGGUUACGAGUUUUUCGCGAAACGACAAUUGGUCACCCUGUUCUCCGCGCCAAAUUACUGCGGGGAGUUCGACAAUGCCGGAGGAAUGAUGAGUGUUGACGAAACUUUAAUGUGCAGUUUUCAGAUUUUGAAACCGUCAGAGAAGAAGGCUAAAUACCAGUACUUAAGCUUGAAUACGGGUCAAGCCACAAGACCAUCUACACCACAAAGGAAUCCAGCCAAAAAGAAAUGACAGCCUUGUACUCGGUUUUUCCUUCAUUUAAGGAAGCUCGUCGACAAGGCGACAAAAUUUUUAUUAAGGCGCGAACAUUAAGAGCAUAACAUUGUAUGAUAUGUUCUAUCACUAACUAGCGGUUAUGCCAAACAGAUGAAUAGUAAAAAAGAAAAAAAAAAACAGGAAAGAACGGGUGAGACACGUAGUGGUAUUUGUGAUCGUUAAAGACUUUAAUAACAAAAGGCAGAUUUAAUUUCUUUUCUUCGAGUAUGAUUUAAAUAUAGCAUUUUAAGUAAUUAUUAUUAUGUUGACUGAUUAGUGAUUAAAAGGUAAUCGUAUAUCGAUAGAACUCGCCCGAGUGUGCUUGUUACGAAAAGUUUAAAAACAAACAAAAACCAAAAAACAAAAAAAAAAAAGGACGGUAAUUCUGACUUCGCUAAUGUUUUUUCGUGAGUAUUACUUUUCAUAUUUUAGCACGAAGACGCCAAGGGAAAGGAGUAAAAUUUACCUCUUUCCUGAUUUACAUCUGAUUAAGAUAAUUAAUAUGAUAAUAAAAAAUUAAUACUUUCUUUUUUCAUUGGAUUUGGAUCAAGGAUCACUUCUCUGUUCUCUGGACAAUUAUGUAGCUAUAUCUUCCAGAUCCGAAUGAUUCUUUUAUUGCCAUUAACGUUUCCAAGAAAUUUCCACAUUCUCAUUUUGACUAUUUAUUGCUUCCAUGUUCAAUGUUCAGUGUAAUUAUUAGAUAUUGCUGAUUAUUCCACUUACUCUUAUUGCCAUCGCUUUGCAGCUGAUUUGAUUAGAAUUGUUUAAUGAAACGCGCUGUAUCAUGUACAUAGAUAUUCUUUCAUUUCGCUCUACGUUUAUUUUUCCGUUUCUUAUAUUUUUCUUCGUUCGCGUUAAGUCGUAUUUCUAUGUACACACACGAUUAAAUACUUAUUUUAGUUUUCAGUAUUCCAAACUAUCGACAAUAUGUUUCAAGGUAUGUUGUAGAAAUGUUAGAUUGUUUAUUCUCUAUGAACGAAAAAUCAGAGAAAAAACAGAGAACCAGUAUUUUUAAGAUGAUGAUUUUAUGCAGAUUAUUAUUAUCGCCUUUAUUCGAAGGACAUAUGCUCGAACGAAACAAAUGGGUAUUAAAGAAAAUUAAAAAGAUAUUAAUUCAAACGCAAAAUAUAAUUAUUAACGAGAUAUAUGUAUUAGCACUUUGCGUGUAAGAAGAAGAAUCUCAGUCGUUGAGAGAUUUUUAAUCUUGCGAUGAAAUAGAUCGAAUACAUACGUAUUACGUAUAUUAAAACUGAUUUACAGGCUAUCAAAUCGUCGAAAUGCAAUUAUUAUUGGCUGAUAAAAAAAAAAAGCCCUUGGAUGAUUGCCAUUUAUAAGAACGUACUAUUUCACUUUCAGAUGUUUUCGUCGCUUUAUUGUUUCGAAUGUAACUCGAUUACGUAAUUAAUUGAUACGAGGCAAUAGGCAGCAUUUAGUACUGUACUACCUAAUACGUGCUUUGGUAAAAUAGUAACAUACACCGUAUUUCAUUUUUGUUCGUACUUCGUGAAACAUUUAUUCUCUUCGAAUUGUUUUAAGGAGAAUCCGUUCCUUGCAAUUAAGUACGAGUUAAUAUUUCUGUUAUGUUGUGCAAUAUAAAACGUAGUUCGCAUAAAUGAAAAGUCUUUUAGAAAGUAUCGGAAACGAUUUGAAUACCAACGUCUAUAGGAGAUAAGUAUCUAAGAAUAUUUACGAAGAGUACAUUAAAAUGGAAACAAUACACUAUUUGAAAAAAAUCGAAAAGAAAAAAUAAAAAA